UCGACGGUGGCGCUGGCUUGGAUCUCGCGUAGGCGUCGCGGUGUGGACGCCGCCCGUUGUCUUCCUGAUCCGUGGCGUCGGUCGCGUCGUCUUCGUCAGUCCGUUUGCAAAGUCGCGAUACACGAAACGUUCAAGUAAUCGACAAUCCCAAGGAGACCAAAGUCAAGGGAUCACAGAACAGGAAUUCAAGGGACCGAAAGGUGGAGCUCUUACGAAUUGGUAGAGAGAGAGACAGAGAGAGUGAAGAAAGUGUGAUCAAGAAAAAGAGAGGAGAGAAUAGGUAAAGAGUAAUCACGAGUCAGAGAGAAAGUUGACAAGAGAGAAUUACACAGGGAUAGAAAAAGAAAGAGCGAGUCUUCAUUGAGACGUAACGUAACACGUACACCGUAUAGUAACGUAACGUAACGAAAGUGCGGCUGCUACGAGAUACAUGGAUGAGGAUGAUACGUCGGGGUCGACCACCGUCUACAUAGUGUGAAUCUCGGUGGGCCCCGUUCGAGUGGGCCCCUAGAAAAGGGCCGAUCGAUUGGGGCGCGGUCCCGUCGGCAUGGCCGGGGCCCCGAUUUCGGGGCCCACCGGGCCCCAAGGCAUUAGGAAGCCUGCUGAGAUUGCCAUAGACCCGAGGAACCUUCAGGCUACCACGACUACAAAUCUUCGCAAUGAGAAUUUCCUCGUCGCCAGGUCCACCAACGCCUUUAAUCCCCAGGUGGACGUGUCGACUCAGGUGGAUCUGCACGGGGGUGCCAGCCACGUGGACUGGGAUCGUCGUGUUACGCCCCUGUACUCUCGUGAGGACAUCAAGGAGCAAUAUUGCAUAACGAGCCGGCAAUUGGACGCCGUCGAGAAGUCUGGGGGUGGCAUAUUCGGGUGCCUAUCUACCAGAGGUCCAUCACCCUGCGGCAGCAGCAGGACAUCCUCAAUUUUAUCCGCGUGUGUUCGAGGUGCACCCAGUGAUGAAAAUAUCUGCGAUGCACCCUAUCCAAGAAGACCAUUGCAGAUUAUGUACCAGCAGCCUUAUCCAAACUGUCCCAGAGGACAACGAUAUGACCUCGAAGACGAAGACUGGGUCGAGAGUUCCUACUUUCGACGGCGACCCAAAUCAUUCUGCACCGUUCCUGAUCCUAAGAGGUAUACGUGGCUCCCCGAAGAUGAGGAGUCAACCAGGUUGGAGGGACCUAGACCAGUUUUACCAGCGGUACCACCUCCACCUCAACUCCCUCAACCGACCAAGACUAAACACGUGAGCUUCGCCAGGUCGCACACUUUGACCUCAUUUGAAGUUUCACGCAGCAGAAGUCCCACGAGGCCGCACAAUCAGGAACGACUCAUCGAUUCGCAACCCACCAUGCAAGGAUCCCUUUCCUCGACUCUACCACUGACGCAUCCAUAUCCCAAUGCUGAACCUAGAGUACUCGUUCUAGAAAAGCCACCUAAGCGUGGCGUUAUGAAGACUCAAGCGACGCAGACUGAAAUUCCUCAGAUACUCCGAGGUCGAGUAGCACCUAUAACGUUAAGUCCACGAACCAUCCAUCGAGUGAAAAUGGUGUCUCAAGGAGCUCAAACGAAUGGUUUUCUUAACUGUCGAAAACUCACUAAGAGCUACUCGGAAGCUGGACAGUUCCGAGAACCCCUGGGCACUACAGUGCCUGGGGGUGGUUCAGUCAAUGGGAAGGAAGAGGUGGAACAUGAGCCUUUGCAAAGAACGCAAUCUGAAGAGCCACCCAGAUCGCCAUUUAUCGUAAAUACACCACCGAGAAGUCCAUCGAUAUCACGAUCUAUAGAUCAGAUCAAUGGCGACUUAGAGGAACCCGUGGAACAGGUCCUCGGAAAGAACAUCAAGCUGGAUGAUCAGGAAAUCCUUAUUGACUUUAAACCAGCUCCUGUGUCGCCGGAUGCUCGCGCGCUACUUAACCAAACUCCGAAACCCUGUCGGCGGAUAUUAUCACUGCAGAAGACACUUUCCGAUGGUGAAAUUCAAGUGGAGAGACGCGAACUCGUUGGAGAGGCUGGCGAACCAAGUUAUCCUCAUACGUGCAGAAGGAAUCAUCAGGAUCACUGGAAUAGAACAGCGAGAGCACCUAUUUUGUUCUCUUCAACCCCUGAGGAUUUAUCCUUGUUGAGAACUCCACCGCCGACAGAUGAUCAUCGCGAAGAGGAAUUCCAUGAAAAUUUAAUACGUCGUGGACUCUUUCGGAAAAGAAGCGUAUCCCUCGAGGAUGGUGUUCAGGGACUGUCUGCUGGAGAACCGUUGCUACCUAGAUCCUUACCUGCAUCACCUACAACGCCGUCGUCGGUUCCGGGUCCUCAGAGGGUUACGCAAAGUCCGAAGAGUGAACCAGCCAGUCGUCAUCUUUUACAUGCCGGUCACAUUGUCGGGACGUCUUCGUCCCCGUUCGCAUCGAGCGAUUCUCUUACGAAUGACGCAACACGGGAUCACAGUGAUGGCAUUUGGAACGAAUCUCAGGCCACUGUUUUGCAAGUAGACUCGUUAGCCCUUCUUACGCCAUCAUCGAGGAGAAGACAUCUCUUGCUUCUUCAACAUCAACAACGAUCUUCCAUGGACACCGAAGCUUUGGACGCCGAGGAUGAAAUGGAAGCUUGCCCACCCAGUCCUAGAAUACGUUUAGAAGCUGCUACUCCUGCUACUUUGACAACAAGCAUCGAAUCCUCCGUCUCCAUAAGUAAUGGCAGACCCAGAAGUGGACUUCAUCGACGAAGCCCGGGACCGCCGAUUUCGCAACCACAUUCUCAAUCAUCCAGCGAGUUCGGUUUGAGUUUAGCGAGAACAGAUUCGGGUGGUAGAACUAAUACCGAUUUGUCGGAAACGUCCACGACCGAGGACUACGUCACUGCUAAUACGUCAACCGGAACAGGGACUACCACGGGUACUUCGGCUACGACGAGCUCUAGAUCGCGACAGCCACAACUUCCGAAUAUGACGCCAACAGCUGAAGGAAGUUCUUUCGAAAGUGCUAGUUCUAUUUAUAGUCUGGCCAGAAGUGAACCAGUUGCCGAGGAACCAUGCAGUCCUCCAGCCAUUUUGGAAGAGACUGAGGUCUCUCCAGCAUUGGAACCGCCAGCUUCACCUGCGAGAUCAACUAGUAGCAGUAGUUCCGGAAGUUACGAUCUUGAGGACGCCAUGCCAGAUCCUGUACAAGAAACGUAUCCCACUGCGCCACUUAGCGGGCACACAUCGGAAACUGAAUUGGAUCAUGAUGACGGACAUCAUUCAUCCUCCGGAGGUUAUGCGGAGUCUCCACCCGAUCCUCAUAUAUGGACGGAAGAGGAACGACGCAAAAAGAAGAAAAUGUUUACUCUAGAUUUUCCAGCAGGUCAAGAGGAAAAUGCAGACAGAGCUGGAGAACAGUUACUAGAUACCGAUGUGAGUCCAACUCCUAGUCAUCGACACAGAACCCGUGGGAAGCCUUUGAAUAGCAGAAGUCCACAUCGAAACAAUAAGAGAAGAGAUUCUUCUCAGCAACAGCUGAUCCGCAGUCCGCAAAAGGAGGAGUGGAGAGAACAAACCGAAGAUGGUACACACGUGGCCACUUCGGACGACUCCAGUUGCAGUCAUCACUAUCAUCUUCAUCAUCAUCAUCACCACCUACAUCGUGAAACCGGUGAAGGUAUAAGACACAGAAGAACCAGAGAAAGUCCCAGAAGAAAAUCUGGAUACGUGUCUGCAAGAAGAAGAAGCAAUGAGGAUAAGAACGCUGCAUUAACAGGCAGUCUGCCAAGAAGAAGAUCCCGUCCUGUUGAGGACGUGUGUUCUAGUCGGUUAAGUCCUGCGGGACGUUACCAAAGAAGUCCUGGGCAUAAUGGUCACACUGCCGUCAUCGUAAAAUCACCUAGUCCUGAAUCCAGGCUCAAGGCUCUAUCUGCUGAGUCUUUGAGAUCCGUUAGUCCCGGAAGUGAUAGUGUCUUCUAUAGUGAGGGUGCCGAUCAACCUUGCGUCACUACGAGUUUGGAGCCUCUGGAUUCGCAUCAUUGUCAUCACUGUGGUCGGGAGGUAUCGGAAGAGAUUGUACAACCGCCGGCAGGGUUCGCAGAUUCACCGGAAGGUCAUAGGGUCACUACGAAACACGUGAGUCACCGGCUGUAUAAGAAGUUUGAUAAGAGGUACAGAUCGGAGGAUCGUGGAGAACGUAGACAUCAUCGAAGUAGCGUGAGUCGAUCGGAUAUCAGGGCGAAAUCUGAAGAAAGGGGUGGAAGGUCAAGUAGUCGCGGGUCAACCGAGGAAGUCAGUCGUAGGCGACUUCAGGCGCGAAGUACAGAUGCCAGUAUGGAGAUUCUCACAGGACGAGAGGACGAAGACAGUUAUAUUGAACCUUAUACGAGUGGCGAAUGGAUCUACAUAAGUGACCUGGAGGAGAGUCACGUGUGGAAACGGCCGGACAGUAAGGACAGCGACGACGAGAUCCUUGACAGGAACAAAGAUCGGCGAGGAUCGCAAGAGUCGACAAGUAGCGAAAAGACCUUCCGUAAAAAGUACCAAGCAGCGACGCAUAGAAUGGUGCAUCGAAAGAGUAGCGGGGAAAUGUACAAGAGGAUACAGACCAAGAGUUUUGAGAGCGAUAAGCGGGUUGUGGUGAAACGAGAAGCGGGAGGUGAAUUUGGCUUCAGAAUUCAUGGAUCAAAGCCUGUGGUUGUGUCGGCUAUUGAGCCAGAUACACCGGCUGAAAGUUCCGGACUCGAAGUGGGCGACAUAAUAAUGUCGGUAAAUGGAAAGAGCGUAAUGGACGCGACGCACUCUGAAGUCGUACGAUUGGCACACUCAGGUACUGAUGUCCUGGAACUGGAAGUUGCUAGGACCUGCAAUGUUCUGGCACCCCAAUUGUCCAGGGGUGGACCAAAAGAGAGUGCCGUUGAGGCUCCGCUUUACUCUGGUUACUUGUGGCGUAAAGCCGCAACCUCAUCGAAUAAAUGGGUUCGAAGAUGGUUCGCUCUUCGGCGCGACAACUGCCUUUACUACUACAAGACUGACGCUGAUUCGCAGCCUGUGGGAGCAGUAAUGUUACUUAAAUAUGACGUCACACCGACGCCAGAUAUUCGACCACACAGUUUCGCGAUAACGAAACCGGGCGCACCGACGCUUCACUUAGCUGCAGAUACUGAAGAUGCCGCGUCUCGAUGGAGUACAAUUAUAUCUGAAGCCGUCGAGAAAAACGAACAGGGCGACACGUGGUUAGAUACUUCACUGAGGAUGCAACAAAUGCCGGCAUGUGCGAUCCAACGACCCGACUGCUUCGGUUACCUAAGCAAGCAACAGGAUCACGGAAGAAAGUCUACCGGAAGUUGGUCCAGACGUUACUGCGUCCUCAAAGAUGCGGCACUUUACUUUUACGACGAUGCGAACGCUGAAAGAGCUUUUGGUGUCGCCUGUCUGCAUGGUUUUCGUGUUCAUGGAAGCGCACCCACCGCCGGACGGAAACACGCCUUUGAACUUCAGCCAUCAGAUCCAACACAGAGGACUUAUACAUUCGCCACAGAAUCCGAAAUGGAUAAGAAGAGAUGGCUGGCGGCACUAGAGUAUUCGAUCGACCGAUGGAUAAAGAUAGGUUGACAACGAACCAUCUAACACGAAAGAAAAACGACGUAACUUUAAAGAGAAGAAGAAAAAAAUGAGAAUCGAAUCACGUUUCCACGUUCCCACAUCCCAAAGCGAAAAGAAAUUACAAGAAGGCAAAUAGGGUGAGAUCGAAAAGAGGUGAAAGAAAAAGGAGAUGAAAAAAAAUAUAUAUAUAAAAAAAGCACAGUAUCAGGAACCAGGCCAAGAGUUGUUACUAUGGAUUAUAAUUUUGACGUUUAUCGUUAUUACAAUUAUGAUAUUAUUACACUUACGAUUAUCGUCGAUGUCGUUUACACACGUUAAACGCUAAAAUUUAUUUAUCGGUCGUGAUUACGAUUAAUUGUUUAUGUCCGUUAUAAAUACAUUAUCGCUUAACGUUCAAACGACUACGACUAUUGUUUCGAGCGCACAAACAUAAACAAUAUAAUGUGUAUAGAGUGCGAUUGGAUAUUUUAACGAAAGAAAAGCGAGCGGUAUCGUGUGUUUUCGAAAUUUCGUAAAUUUGCGAUAAUUAUUUAUUCGUGUCGAGUGCCUGAGAGCGUGACUGUAUAUUUGUUGUUAUAAUGCGAGGAUAUGAUUAUGUGGACGAUGCUAAUGAUAAAUUAUCACGAAGAUGACGAAUCUUCGCGAUCUGAUGACGACGACUACGAAUUUGUACCUCGCGCGCAUUUAAAGGUAACGUUUAUAAAAAUUGAACAGAUAAAAGAGAGCACUAUAACCAUGCAAGUUAUAAAAAAAUGAAAACUUAAUUACGUGUUAAUAAGGAGCCGAAAUAAGAGGAUUUAAGGUGCGAAAAUGAUAUUGAUACGAAGGAAACUAAGUCAUCCGCUCAAAAUCUGAGAUAAUAAUAAAGACUUUAAUACCAGUUA